AUGGAUAGGCAUGAUAUAACUGCACGAGUUUUUAAACAGAAGUUGAAAUCAUUGAUUAAUUUGAUAACGCAUCAUUCUGUUUUUGGUGAAACACGCUGCUGGUUAUACUCAGUAGAAUGGCAGAAAAGAAGUUUACCCCAUGCACAUAUUUUGUUGUGGUUAAUCAAUAAGGUACGUUCUGUAGAGAUUGACAAUAUUAUCUCAGCAGAAAUUCCUGAUAAAAAUGUUGAUGAGGAAUUGUUCGAUAUUAUAACUACUAACAUGAUACAUGGUCCAUGCGGUACUCUCACCAUUAUGUCACCAUGCAUGGUGAAUGGAAAAUGUACAAAACAUUUUCCAAAAUCAUUUCAAAACGAUACUAUCACCGACAUUGAUGGUUACCCCGCUUAUCGGCGACGUGACGUUGACAAUGGUGGACAAUGUUUUGAAUUGCGACUGUCGAAUGGCGGGGUAAUAGAUGUUGAUAAUCGAUGGGUAGUUCCUUAUUCGCCUUUGCUAUGCAAAACCUAUAAAGCACAUAUAAAUGUCGAACUGUGCAGCUCGGUGAAGUCGAUAAAAUACAUAUGCAAAUAUGUUCAUAAAGGGAGCGACAAAGCGAUAUUUGCAAUUAAAAGUAUUAAUGAGAAUGAUGAAAUAACUCGAUAUCAAAUGGGUAGAUACGUCAGUAGCAAUGAAGCUAUCUGGCGUAUUUUUGGUUUUCCCAUACAUGAAAGGAAUCCAUCUGUGGUACAUUUAGCUGUGCAUUUGGAGAACGGUCAGCGGGUAUACUUUACAGAAAACAAUAUAUUACAACAAGCUUUGACUGCUCCGAAGACUACUCUAACUGCAUUUUUUAAACUUUAUUGGGUACCUAGAAAACGAGGUAUUCCUGUUUCAGGAUUCGAAGGCAUAUAUAUGACAAACAAUUUGGGUAGAUUGUAUACUGUUCAUCCUAAGCAACGAGAAUGCUUUUAUUUACGUUUGUUGUUGAUUAAUGUUGUAGGACCAAGAUCAUUCCAAAAUUUGAGGACAGUCAAUGGAAUUUUAUAUGAAACUUUUUAUGAUGCGUGCCGUGAGUUGCACUUAUUGGAGAAUGAUAAUCAAUGGGACAUGACUCUUGCAGAUGCAGCACUGAUUUCAUCUGCACAUCAAAUUCGACAAUUAUUUGCAAUAAUAUUAACAACAUGUUUUCCAUCAGAUGCAUCUGCACUGUGGAAUACACAUAAAGACCCAAUGAGUGAGGAUAUUUUGCAUCGAACAAAUAUAUAA